GCGGGCAUCUCAUCAAGGGGAGAGAGAUAGAACUCUUUUAUUGACCUCAUAGCUUUCUGUAUUCCUGAAUUCCUAAGGUCACCCAAGAAAUGGCAGAGCCAUCGUGGGCGGAGCUGACGCAGGAGUGCCUAACCAACAUCUUCUCUCGGCUAACCACCGAGCAGCGGUGGCGCGGACCCAUGCUUGUCUGCAAGCUCUGGCUCCGCGCCGCCACCGACUCCUCUCUCUUUUCCCACUUCAACCUCGAACCCAGGUUCGACUCCACCCCCACCGAGUCCCCGGCCUGGUGGUCGCCCCAAUUCGAGGCCAAAAUUGAUUCCAUGCUCCGAUCUGCCGUCCAAUGGAGCCUUGGAUCUCUUUCCCUUAUUCGGAUCAGACACUGCUCCGAUUCAUCUCUCCAAUUGGUCGCUCAAGGGUGUCCAAACCUUGAGGUUCUUUCCAUCAAGAGCUGCGCCAAUGUUACUGAUAGAUCAAUGGCUAAGAUUGCUCUUGGUUGCCAAAAGCUCCAGGAAGUAGAUAUCAGCUACUGUCAUGAAAUCUCGAACGUAUCUUUGUCGUUAAUCGGCAAGCAUUGUCCAAAUAUCAAGACUCUAAAACGAAACUUUUUCAACACUUUAGAUCCUUCCCAACAAAAAGGAAUUGUCCCUGACAGUUAUCUAAGUGCUUGCCCACAAGAUGUGGAUUCAGAAGCUGUGGCUAUUGCAAAAUUCAUGCCCAACUUGGAGCACCUUGAACUCUGUUUCUCUAAACUCUCUGCUAAAGCUCUAACUUUGAUCUGUAAAGGAUGUCCAAAUCUCAAGUACUUGGAUCUGUUUGGGUGUGUGAACUUGACAAGUCGUGAUAUCGUGAAUGCUACGUCGAGUCUGGAGAAUUUGGAGAUUAGGAAACCGAAUUUCUAUAUUCCGAGGUCGGUCUUUCACACCGAGAGGUAUGGCCAUUGGAGGUUAUACGACGAGAGAUUCCAAACAGAUAUUUUCCGAAUUUGAUGGAGGUUACAGUCAAAUGCAGGGUUAAUACUCUCCUAAUUCAAUGUGUAUCAGUGUUGUUUUACUAAGUUGUACAGUUCUUAAUUGAGCUGAAAUCUGUACUCUCUUUUGAAUUUGUAUGGUGGAUUGAUGCGACACAAGGUUUGUAUAACUUAUAGUUAACAGCAAAUGGGUUUCAGGUUUAACCUUGUACAUCCCUUCAUGUUAUUGUUUCCAAGAUUGUCGGAACCAUUUUUCUCUA